GCGGCGGGGACCUACCGACUGGAGACGCGCUGGUGGCGGCGAGGACCGAGACCGGGGCGAGGGCAUGUCGGACUUGGGCUCGGAGGAGUUGGAGGAGGAGGGAGAGAAUGACCUUGGGGAGUACGAGGGGGAGCGCAAUGAGGCAGGUGAACGGCAUGGACACGGGAAAGCAAGACUGCCCAAUGGGGACACGUAUGAAGGCAACUACGAACACGGGAAAAGACAUGGCCAGGGUGUCUACAAGUUUAAAAAUGGUGCUCGGUACAUGGGAGAAUACGUUCAAAAUAAAAAGCAUGGUCACGGCACUUUCAUAUACCCAGAUGGCUCAAGAUAUGAAGGGGAGUGGGCGGAUGACCAAAGGCACGGUUACGGCGUCUACUACUACGUCAAUAAUGACACCUACACUGGGGAGUGGUUUGCUCACCAAAGGCACGGGCAAGGCACCUAUUUCUACGCAGAGACGGGUAGUAAGUACAUAGGUACCUGGGUGAACGGACAGCAAGAGGGUGCGGCCGAACUCAUUCACCUGAACCACAGGUACCAGGGCAAGUUCUUCAACAAAAACCCUGUCGGCCCUGGGAAGUACGUGUUUGAUAUCGGAUGUGAGCAGCACGGGGAGUACCGUUUGACAGACGUGGAAAGAGGAGAAGAGGAGGAGGAGGAGGAGACGGCCAUGAUGACCGUGGUUCCCAGGUGGAAAGCCACCAACAUCACAGAGCUGGCUCUGUGGACACCGACCCUUCCCGAGGAGCAGCCCCCUGCGGACGGGCCUGGUGCAGAAGAGGCUCUGGAAACCGAAGGCGGCGGGGAGCCCUCGGAGGAGGGCCAGGCUCUGGCCGAUGGUUCCGAGGGGGAGACCGACUCCAUGAGGCCUGGGGAGGACGAUGGAGAAGGCAGCCGGGAGGAGGGCCGAGAGGACUUUCGCUAUGACACCAUCGACCAGGGAAUUGUUAGUUUUGAAGAAGAAGAAAAUAAACAGUCAGAGCCACCGGAGUGAGCGGAAGCGAGCGGGAAGGAUAGGAGAUCGUGUCACAGAAACGCUCUGUUAUAGGGCCCUCUGAUGCUCCUGUUAUUAAUCUUUUCUAUCAGUUGUUAAGUAGUGCACGGUACGAAUAAAUGUCUCCCUUCUCCUUUGUUUAAGGAUGAGCCUCUGCGAGGUCUUUAAGCUGGGCCUCUCUGGGUUACCGGGCUGCGGUGGUGCAGCCCUGUUUUCUCCUGGGAUAAAGGACGGGGUCACAUACCCCUGACUCUGCAGAAGGCGGUUCACGGAGGUGGCCUUCUGGCUGAGCACGUACAGUGACUACUUGUCAAAGCUGCUCUCUCCAACCUCCCUCGGGAGAGCCACGGAGACACCUAGAAAGCAAUCCCGUGCCCGAAACACCGCGGUGAAUAGACUUAGGGUGGGGGGCCGGGGGCGGAUGGGGCGCAGUGGGUCAGGCAUCUGACUCUUGAUUUCAGCUCCAGUCACGACCUUGGG